ACUACUUCUUGGCAGCGUGUUUUCUGCUUUAGUGGUCUAUCUCAGGAGGAGCGUGAUCACUAUUCAGGUGUAGUCGUCCAACUUGGAGGUGAGGUCGAUGGACAGCUGAUCAUUAGCCAGAAAGCAACGCAUCUCAUUGUUAGUGCUCCAGGCCGAAACGAAAAAUAUCUUACAUGUCUUGCGUCCGGUCGAUGGCUCCUACACAAGUCUUAUCUUGAUGCCUGUAGUCGCGAGUCUCGUUGGUUGCCUGAGCAUCCAUAUGAAUGGGGCGGUCCUGGGACUGAGCCUUUGCUGGUGCAACUUAGCCCCGGGCUAAGUUUGAUUGGUGUGCCUGGAUCUCGACCUGGAUUACGACAACCUGCUCCCGGCCGAGACCCUACCGCUAAUCAACUACGAGAGUUGGCACGUGCGGCUCGAUACUGGCGCCAACGAGGUGGUAUGGCAUUUGCCAACUGGCAUGUGCUCCUUGGUCCAGGGUGCGACCGGGAGACCAGCUUUCGGCGCAUCAUAGAGGCUGGACAGGGCGAGGUAAAGCAUCGCACAGGCUCCUUAUUUGUAACACAUUUGAAGUAUUCAAUUAAUACCUUAAUCUAUUUCGGAAUUAUGUGA